GCCGGCCACGGCAGACGCACCCCUGCUCAGUCAGCCUGCAGUCCGCUCUGUACUCAGGAUGGCCCUGAAGAGAGGAGGCCCGGCCCUGGCCGUGCUGCUGGUCUCCUGGGUGGUGCUGGGCCCCUGCGGCCUGGAGGGAGCGGAGCCCGGGGCUCUGGAGGAGGCCGUGAGCCAGCAGUGCCCGGCCGUGUGCACCUGCGGCCACGAGGACUACUCGGACGCGCUGAGCGUCUUCUGCAGCUCCAGGAACCUCACGCGGCUGCCCGAUGGCAUUCCGGACGGCGCCAGAGCCCUGUGGCUGGAUGGCAACAACUUCUCAUCCAUCCCCGAGGCGGCCUUCCAGAACCUCUCCAGCCUGGGCUUCCUCAACCUGCAGGGCAGCGGGCUGGCCAGCCUGGAGCCGCGGGCCCUGCUCGGCCUGCAGGGCCUCCAGCACCUGCACCUGGAGCGGAACCAGCUGCGCAGCCUGGCGGCCCGCACCUUCCUGCACACGCCGGGCCUGGCCUCGCUCGGCCUCAGCAACAACCUGCUGGGCAGGCUGGACGAGGGCCUCUUCCAGGGCCUGGCCGGCCUCUGGGACCUCAACCUGGGCUGGAACAGCCUGGCCGUGCUCCCGGAUGCCGCCUUCCAGGGCCUGGCCGGCCUGCGCGAGCUGGUGCUGGCGGGCAACAAGCUGGCCUACCUGCAGCCCGCGCUCUUCUGCGGCCUCGGCGAGCUCCGGGAGCUGGACCUGAGCAGGAACGCGCUGCGCGGAGUCAAGGCCAACGUCUUCGUCCAGCUGCCCAGGCUCCAGAAGCUGUACCUGGACCACAACCUCAUCGCCGCCGUGGCGCCCGGCGCCUUCCUGGGCAUGAAGGCGCUGCGCUGGCUGGACCUGUCGCACAACCGCCUGGGCGGCCUCCUGGAGGACACCUUCCCCGGCCUGCUGGGCCUGCACGUCCUGCGCCUGUCGCACAACGCCAUCGCCGGCCUGCGGCCGCGCACCUUCAAAGACCUGCACUUCCUGGAGGAGCUGCGGCUGGACCACAACCGCAUCCGGCAGCUGCCGGACAAGGCCUUCGAGGGCCUGGGCCAGCUCGAGGUGCUCGCGCUCAACCACAACCAGAUCCGCGAGGUGGAGGCGGGUGCCUUCGCCGGCCUGCGGAGCGUGGCGGUCAUGAAGCUGUCGGGGAACGGGCUGCGGGCGCUGCCGGAGCAGGUGUUCCAGGGCCUGGGCCGGCUGCACAGCCUGCACCUGGACGGCAGCUGCCUGGGCCGCGUGCGUCCGCUCGCCUUCGCCGGCCUCGCGGGGCUGCGCCGGCUCUUCCUCCGGGACAGCGGCAUCGCGGCCGUGGACGAGCAGGGCCUGCGGGGGCUGGCGGAGCUCCUGGAGCUGGACCUCACCGCCAACCGGCUCACGCACCUGCCCGGCCAGCUCUUCCAGGGCCUCGGCAAGCUGGAGUACCUGCUCCUGGCCGGCAACCGGCUGGCGGCGCUGGCGGCGGACGUCCUGAGCCCCCUGCGGCGCGUCUUCUGGCUGGACCUGUCGCACAACCGCCUGGAGGCCCUGCCCGAGGACGUGCUGGCGCCGCUGGCGCAGCUGCGCUACCUCAGCCUCCGGAACAACUCCCUGCGGACCUUCGAGCCAAGCGCCCCCGGCCUGGAGCACCUGGAGCGCCUGUGGCUGGAGGGCAACCCGUGGGACUGCGGCUGCGCGCUCCGGGCCCUGAGGGCGCUGGCCCUGCGGCAGCCCGAUGUGGUCCCCCGCUUCGUGCGGGCCGCGUCCGAGGGCGACGAGGGCCAGCAGCCCGUGUUCGCCUACAACAACAUCACCUGUGCCAGCCCCGCCGCCGUCGCCGGCCUCGACCUGCGAGACGUGGCCGAGACCCACUUCGCUCACUGCUGCCCCCUGGCUCACGUGCCCGCUGGCAAUUAAAAGCAAUCUAACAGCG